AAUGACUCCACUCAGAGGUUCAUUCACUGCGUGUAGUGAGUGUACACUGUGUCUGAUCCUUUUAAUCAUGGUGUACUGGGUUUACAUAUUUAGAAAACUAUAGCUAACUUUGUGCUUUUUGUGUGUGUGUGUGUGUCUUCAGUAUCUCAUCGAAAGAGAGUGGAUCUCAUUUGGACACAAGUUCUCUCAUAGGUGCAACCACCGGGUUGGAGACCCUAAGGAGGUGUCUCCCAUCCUCGAUCAGUUCCUGGAGUGUGUGUGGCAGCUGAUGGAGCAGUUCCCAUGUGCCUUUGAGUUCAGUGAGAGGUUCCUUUGCACCAUUCACAGCCACAUCUACUCCUGCCAGUAUGGCAACUUCAUUGGCAACAACCAGCGGGAGAGGAUCGAGCUGGGACUGCGUGAGAGAACUCACUGUUUGUGGAAUUAUCUAUGGACGAAUCGUUCAGACUUCAUCAACCCUCUGUACAGACCAGACCACAGCCAGACUCAGGGGCUCCUCCGGCCGUCUACUGCCCCCUAUUGCUUUAAAUUUUGGAGUGGCCUGUACAACCAUUUUGACCGAGGAAUUCAUCCGCGACAGUCUGUAGAGGAUUACCUGCGCGUCAUCCAAGAUGAGACACAACAGCUGGAGGAGCAGCUGGCCUCACACAAGCAGAAAAUUGAGCAUCUAGUGCAGCAGCAGGAGUGGAGAGACACCCAGAAGGCAACAAGCUUUGAUAAAAGCCCCACAGCCUGGGUACUCAGCCAUGACCUCACUGUGGCCAACACUCCUCAGGACUACACUGGGGAUUUCCUCACCAGCAGCCCCUGUCAGCCCAAAGCAGCGGACGACAGCCUGAUCCUUCCGCACCAAGACUUGAACAAAACAUCUGAAGCCAACCUCUCCAACGGCAGCGACCAGGAGUCAGGGAUCGCAGACCUGAGCUGUCGCUCACCUCUCAGUGAGGACAGCAUCAGGGAUCCAGACUCGGAUGAAGCUGCCUACUCUGCCGCCUGAGCAAAUGUAGACAAACUCUACCUGUACACUAUAGUCACCUGUCUGCUGACUAACUAACAAGACAAGUGACAUGUUCAUAUUGUGCUGUGGUCCCUCCUUCUUGCUACAUACAUAUUUACUUGUCUGUUGUAGCUAAGGGAUUUUUAUUUUUACCCCAGUGAAAAAAGGUCUGAAAGGCUUAGUGAUGUUGAACACACAAUCAUUUACUUGUUAACUUUAACACUGAGGUGUUUGUGAACUGAGUAUGGAAGUAUGAGCACUUUUUUUUUUCUUCCUGUCUUCCGUACACUUCAUUUAACCAUUAAGCUUUUAGCUUUAAAUAUGAACAAUUUAAAAAAAAGGAAAACGCUGCUAUAAGUUUAGUUCACAACAGCUUUAUUCCCAAAACGAAAAGCAUCGUCAGGUAUAAAACAAAUAUGUGACAGGACAUUUAAUAUAACAACAAACAAAUCACCAGUUCUACUUGUAGGCUACUUUCCCAUAAAUAAUAAUAAUAAUCUGAAUAUGAAAAACUGUUUCUGCUGAUGACCACUGCUAUUCGCAGACAGUCAGGGUUCAGGAUUUCAGUCUGGCCUGCAGAAGCAAUAAUCCAAUUCUUUAUAUUAUGAACUACAGUCACUCAGUAGGCCACAGUGACCUCAGCUGGGUUUUGGAGUCAUUACACUGUUAGUUGUGCUUGAUUGACACUGUGUGAUCUACACCUGUGUAUACAUGAUACCAAAUGAUAUUAACGCUACCAGUUGUGGAAGAAAAUAAGCUUUUAGAUUUUAUUGUAGACAAAACAACAUUAUACAUUCCUGCACAUAAUAUCUCAGUGCUGAUUUAUUGGGAUUUACCAAAGGGAAUCAUGAACCAGCAGACGAGCAUGAGAACACACACACACACACACAUAUUUAAGAAAGCAAAUUACUGACUGACCUUUUGAUUAUUUUGUGCCAUCUUAAGUGUGAAAUUAGGAUUUGAACUGAAUUAGUGUUGUAGGCAUUACUGUAUAGAUGCACUCUAGUACUGCAAAGGAACAAUGUACAGAUUAUUCAGGAAAGCAUGUGAACAUAUUUUUGUACUUUGACCUAAAUUGACAAGUGCAAUUUUCUUUUGAUGCAUGUUUUUAAUUGUAUCACAGGGCUUAAAAUGUCUGGUCAUACGGACGUUUGAAAAUGUGUAAAAGAGAGCUUUAUUUUGCCGAGUUUGUUUCUUCUGUCCGAAAGAUUUCUCCAAAACUGUGUCAACAUUCUUGUGAAAUAAAUAAAUAGACAAAUAAAUAAUGAAAUACACUGCUGUCAGUCAUAUAUUCCAAUAAAUAUUGAUUGUGUUAUUGUUU